CUCCGCGGUCCAGCCCUCAGGUUCCAGUAAAGCCCCUGCGGUCCUGCCGCCUUGCGGUGCUCCUCGCUGGCUCUCCACCCUCACUCGACUUCUGCGGCGAUAUAGCACCUCAAGACAUGGCUGCCCAGUGUGUCACGAAGGUGGAACUAAAUGUUUCCUGUAACAACCUUUUGGAUGCAGAUGUAACAUCAAAGUCGGACCCUUUAUGUGUGCUGUUUUUGAAUACGAGUGGUCACCAGUGGUAUGAGGUUGAACGGACAGAAAGGAUUAAGAAUUCUUUGAAUCCCAAAUUUUCUAAGACAUUUGUUAUUGAUUACUACUUUGAAGUGGUUCAGAAAUUGAAGUUUGGAAUCUAUGACAUUGACAACAAAACUAUCGAGCUGAGUGAUGAUGACUUCUUGGGAGAAUGUGAAGUCACUCUUGGACAAAUUGUUUCCAGUAAGAAGCUAACUCGACCACUGGUGCUCAAAAAUGGCAAACCUGCAGGGAAAGGGAGUAUUACGAUUUCAGCAGAAGAAAUAAAGGAUAACAGAGUGGUAUUGUUUGAAAUGGAAGCCAGAAAACUGGAUAAUAAGGAUCUGUUUGGGAAGUCAGAUCCAUACUUGGAGUUUCACAAGCAGACAUCAGAUGGCCACUGGCUGAUGGUUCACCGAACAGAGGUUAUAAAAAACAACCUGAAUCCCAUGUGGAAGCCUUUUAAGAUCUCUCUUAACUCUCUGUGCUAUGGAGAUAUGGACAAAACCAUUAAGUGGCAUGCUUGCAGGGCCAGAUUGUUCUAGUAGAGUGUUAUGAUUAUGACAAUGAUGGAUCGCAUGAUCUCAUUGGAACAUUUCAAACCACCAUGACAAAACUCAAAGAAGCCUCCAGAAGCUCACCUGUUGAAUAUGAAUGCAUAAAUGAAAAAAAGAGACAGAAGAAAAAAAGCUACAAGAACUCAGGUGUUAUCAGUGUGAAGCACUGUGAGAUUACUGUAGAAUGCACAUUUCUUGACUACAUCAUGGGAGGGUGCCAGCUCAAUUUUACUGUGGGAGUGGACUUCACCGGCUCCAAUGGUGACCCCAGUUCUCCAGACUCCCUGCAUUACAUCAGCCCGAAUGGUGUUAAUGAGUAUCUGACUGCCAUCUGGUCUGUAGGAUUGGUAAUUCAAGAUUAUGAUGCUGAUAAAAUGUUUCCAGCUUUUGGCUUUGGAGCUCAGGUGCCCCCUCAGUGGCAGGUAUCUCAUGAAUUUCCGAUGAACUUUAACCCAUCGAACCCCUAUUGCAAUGGAAUCCAAGGCAUUGUAGAGGCUUAUCGGACCUGUCUUCCCCAGAUAAGACUCUAUGGACCAACUAAUUUUUCUCCAAUUAUAAAUCACGUGGCCAGGUUUGCAGCUGCAGCCACACAACAGCAGACAGCUUCUCAAUACUUUGUGCUCUUAAUCAUCACUGAUGGCGUGAUCACAGACCUUGAUGAAACCAGACAGGCAAUCGUCAAUGCAGCCAAGCUGCCCAUGUCUAUCAUCAUUGUGGGAGUUGGGGGAGCUGACUUCAGUGCCAUGGAGUUUCUAGAUGGCGAUGGUGGAAGUCUCCGUGCCCCUUCAGGAGAGGUGGCCAUAAGAGAUAUUGUUCAGUUUGUGCCUUUCAGACAGUUCCAGAAUGCUCCAAAAGAAGCGCUUGCUCAGUGUGUCUUGGCAGAGAUUCCCCAGCAGGUGGUGGGCUACUUCAACACAUACAAACUCCUUCCUCCCAAAAACCCAGCUGUGAAGUAGAGGAGCCAGGACAGCUGCAGGAUUUCAAAAGCUGUGUGGAGCAACGCCAUCUCUCACACAGAAUGAUGUAUCUGCCCUCUGCGCUUCUUACCCCAGGCUAUAUGAUGUAAACCUAGCUUUUUGUAUAUAUCCUAUCUGUUUAAAGCAUCCAUUUUAUACUUUUUGAAGAGGACAGUAGCAAGUCCAUUUCUGCUCAGUGUAUUCAGUGAUUGUUAGUGAUUUAUAGAAAUUACAAGAGUGCUGUUUGGAAUUGAACUUAAUGUGGGGAAAGUGAUGUAUGUUUGUUUAUUGUCUACUUUCUAUAAUGAAAUGCCAUUUUUAAGUGUUGCCCGUGGAGUGAAUGGGGAUUUACAGGAUGAAGUGGUAUACAGGUUGCUAUACUGUUUAUAGUAAAUAUUUUGCAAGUCAAUCAAAGUGAGGUACUGAGUUUGUACCUGUGACUCUCUAUUCUGUCUCUUUUAUGCUGCAGUGCUACAGUGUACUAGCUGUGUUUUCAUAUGGUUGCUUAUGAAAACCAAUGGGCUUACUCCGUUUUGAAAAUGUCCACUCAACCAGUGGACAGCUCCUUGUAGACAAGACAUUUUUAUUGCCUUUUGAAAUGUUUUCACUGUGAAGUCUUGUACAUAUAUGGCCUUUGCUUUACUGAGUAAACAAGACACUCAAACUUCUGUGGGCAUCAAAUGAUAGGUCAUCCCAGAGGCCACAUGAUUAGACCAGUGUAGGUUGACUAAGUGAGUAGGAUUGCUUCGUUCACUAAAGCUUUGAGGACCAAACAUUUAAGGUGAAAAUUCAAACAGAGUUGCAGGCCAGACAUGGUGGCACAUCAUCUGAGCAUUUGGGAGGCAGAGACAUUAGGGCCAGCACAAGCCAACCCACUUACAUAGUUAAUUCCAGGCCAGCCAGCUACCCAAUGAGAAUGUGUUUCAGAAUAACAAAGAAAAAUAAGUAAUUGAGAAAUACAUUUUUUCUAAGUAAUGGUAUAAUUGCAAAAGUUCAUUUGUAAUUUUUUUCUUGUCCUGUGUAUUGAUUUAUAUGAAUUUAUUUAGAUAUUUUUGCCAUUUAAAAAUAGUAUUAUUGUUUUCUUUAAGCUUAUAAUUCUAGUUAUUUAUUAACCAAAAUUCCAUUUUUCAUUUCAAUAAUAUACUAUUUCCUACAUCCAGAAUUCUGUUAGGCAUAAAGCCUGAUAUAAGAUUUUAAAAAAAGAAAAGAAAAAACCGCAUAUACAAACUCUCUUCUAGCUGCUACAUUUACAUAGAGUGAACUUAGUAUUCUUGUUUUGAAGAAUUGAAUUAUUUUAACUUUACUCUGUAGAACAUACUGUCUAGUGAGCACACAUUUAUGGAAUAGAUUUGUAUAAUAUUUGCCUAAGGGUCUGGAUGUCAAAUACUUUGCCUAUCUGUGCAGUGGCCAGUUAUCGCCAAUGUAACAGAAUUGUGUAUUCAUCACAUAUCCCUAAGUGGUUGUCCACAGUACCAGCCAGCAUUCCUGUCCGUGUUACUGAGUCCUGCCACCACUGCCUGAGUCUUUGUUUUCUGCAGGCUUCUCAGAAACAGCUUCCUGCUGAGGUUAGGCUCAGAGAAGAUCCACCUGUCUUGUUUGCCUCGCCCCGUGAGCCGUUGCCUCCUUCCCACAUGGGUAAUUUGCCUCUGGAUAUUGCUGUUAAUCUGAAGCAAUGCACCUCUAUAAGGCAGGGUUUCUUAAAAUUUAUUUUCAUUUAUCCAAGAAAUUUUUAUGUAACCCACUGUAACCCCAGCUUAAAUACAAACUAAUAUUUAUGAUAGGUAUACAAAUCAAUCAUUGCAAGUAAAUUAAAAGAAAUUUAUUUUAGACACCUGGAGAGAUGGCUCCAAGUUAACAGUUCUCUUGCAGAGAACCUAUUGAUUUCCAGCACAUACAUCAGGCAGCUCUACUUGGCUGUAACUCCAGCUUCAGGGGAUCUGAUAGUCUCCUUCCUCUGCCCUCCGUGAGGACCUGCUUGUGUGUGUGUGUGUGUGUGUGUGUGUGUGUGUGUGUGUGUGUGUGUGUGAGAGAGAGAGAGAGAGAGAGAGAGAGAGAGAGUGCACAUACACACACACACAAAACAAAGUGAACAAUUUUUGUUAGACUUACAGUUUUACCAUUUAUUAAAGGUGAAAGCAUAUUUGCCUACUGCUGAGGUGAAUAUGCUUGCUUGGUUUUAUAUAAGAUCUAGAUCGCAACUGACUAUUUGAUAUUGAAGUACACAGAACAUCUUUAAUGUACUUCAGAGUUGGUUGAUAUCUUGAUUUUUGAUUGCCAAUACUUAGAACCUUUUUUCACAUAAACACAUAGUACAAAAUGCCAUCAGUGUUUAGAGGUGUUUCCGAAGUUGGAAAUGCUAUCGUCAUCCUAAGCCAAAACACAUUUAAAGUUUGUUUUUUUUUUUUUAUGAAGCAAAUGUUGACAAUUUUUGAAAUCAAACUUUCUAGCAUAAUACAAUCUAGAAAUCUAUUGAUUGGAUAUUGACUUGAUUUAGAAUGACAGGAAAAUAGAAGUCUUUCUCUUCUGUAACCUAGUGUUUAUGCUAAAGCUGAGUAUGCACAGUAAAAUCACAUUAAAUCACAAUGCAUAAAGUAACACUGCUGAGUCAGGCAGUGUUUAUUGUUGUUGUGUGACAUGGCAGCAGUGUAGUGCAAAAUGCGCCUGCUGUCUAUGACAACCAAGGCUGCAGUGAAGUUGAGUGAUACAACAUGGCAAGCCCUGCCAGAAACACCUCAGAUUCAUUACACAUUUGGUUUUGACUUAAUUUUUGACCAUUGUUCAUUAGAAAGCUGUACUGUUGUUGAUUUUUUUCCAGUCAGUUACAUGGCUGCCUAUGGGACCAUGGCCCACAGUUUAAGAACAUGGGCAUGACUCAGUAGUAACAAUUCAGUUAUCAGUAAAGUAAUGAAAUCUGAUUUUUUUUUCUUUUUUUUUUCUCAUUUGAAACCAUUAUUAGUCCACAGUCUCAGUUUCAGUUCUCUGUGCUUGGGAAGAUGUCACAGUGGCUUUUAGGACUUUCUUUUGCAUACAGAGGGAGCCAGCCCAGAAAUGCAUUAGAUUCUCUGUAUGUUAAUGGUAGGAGAGGGGCUUUUUGGCUCUGCAGCAAGGCUCAGUAGGCUUGCUCAGAACUGCAGGCCCAUCUCCAUCUCCAUGUGGUAGCUGUCUUAUUUCUGCCGUUUGGUCUUCCAUGGUUUCUUUCAUAUUGUGGUUUACCUGCAUUUUUUCUUUUUAAAACAGUUUUUCUUUAAAUGACUCGUCUUGAUCAAGUUUUAUAAAUGCCAUUCAUAGGAGCUGUGAUUCUGGCAAAUUAAAGUAAUUCAUAGUUUUCUGCAAUUUGAAAUAAAAGCAUUUCCAACUUCUAGAUUAUCAUUUUAUAAAUUCUUUGUUUCAGCACUCAACCUUCAUUCCAUACUAUUUUAUAGUGUGUUGUACUCAAAUACUUAUUUUUCCUUUUGUGCCACUAUUUGAACAAAUGCCAUUCAUUCUUAAAGAACAUUGACAUAUGUAUGUGGCCAUCCUGUGCAUAGACAUACAAUUUCUCACAUACAGAUAUUCAGAAAUAGUAUUUGUACUAGUCUAGUCACCUUAUUUUCUGUUUAAGAUUGGUUUGUUUAAGACCAUUAACAUUUUAAAUCUUCUGAUGAAUUUACAAGUAUUCACUUUAGACAGGGCUCUGUCAGCUUUCCCAGAGUAGACCCAGGGCCUCACUGAUCUUCUGCUGCUGUGUUUUAUGUGUCUGGCCUUGCCUUUUCAUUUCAUACUAGAAAGCCAUCUUCCAGAAUGCUCUCUAGGCUAUUUUUUCAUGAAGGUGAUGUAAGAUAACAGCUGGGUAGAAUUGUGAGCAGUAUGUGCAUAACUUACUAAAUAUGUAAAUUUAUAUUAAAUACAUUUUCCAUGUGAGUUCCCUUUAAAUAAAGUUACUCUUGAUGUAA